CCGCCAGUGGCGGUUGGCAACUCGACCGUCAGCUGUCAAUUUUGUGAUUUUCGUGGUUGAACAGAACGAGACGGAUUAAAUUAUUAUUUUUUAGUAAAUAAUAAUAAAUUUUAAGUUGUUCGGAAUUGUAGCGACGUUUUGUACAUAGUGUCCAUACGCUGGUGAUGAUACACAGACUGUAAAUAGAAAAUAAUUGAUAUUGCAAGCACAAAAAUGUCAUCGAAAGCCUCAUUGUUGAGCGGCGUUGGAGGCAACACGACCACGACGGGAUUAAAGCAGAUCGAGCUGGACCAAAUAUGGGGCUCGCUGAACACCGGAAUCGAGCACAUGUACAACUUCCAGUCGAUCACGAAGGGCCAGUACAUGCAGCUCUACACGCACGUGCACAAUUACUGCACGUCGGUGCACAAACCACCAGAGAAGAGCUCAACAGCAAACGUCGUUGGGAAAAAUCGCAAAAAUCAAGUGACGGGCGGCGCACAGCUUGUCGGGCUCGAGCUGUAUAAGAAGCUGAAAGAGUUCCUGCGUAAUUACGUGCAGGGUAAACUCCAAGCGGGCAUUAAUCGCAUGGAUGAAGACGUGCUGAAAUUCUACACCAAGCAGUGGGAAGAGUAUCGUUUCAGCUCGAAGGCAAUCAGCGGUAUGUGCGCGUAUCUGAAUCGUCAUUGGGUGAAACGUGAAUGCGAAGAAGGUCGCAAGGGAAUCUACGAGAUCUAUCAACUAGCACUUGUCACUUGGAGAGAUCAUUUGUUUAAACAAUUGAAUAAACAGGUCACAAAUGCAGUGUUAAAACUUAUCGAGCGCGAGAGGAACGGCGAAACGAUCAACUCUAGUCUCGUUCUCGGCGUGAUAAACUGCUAUGUGGAGCUGGGUCUCAAUGAAGACGAGCCAGGCACAAAGGGACCCAAUCUAAGCAUCUACAAAGAAAGCUUUGAGAACGUUUUCAUUGAAGACACAGAGCGUUAUUAUUUCCGUGAAUCAAUCCAAUUCCUUGUUGAGAACAACAUCACGGAAUACAUGAAAAAAGUCGAGCAACGUUUAACUGAGGAACAAAAACGCGUCCAGAUUACCCUGCAUGAAUCCACAGCCGAACGUCUAGCGAAAACAUGCGAGCGCGUGUUGAUUCAGAAGCACAUGGAGUUAUUCCACGCGGAAUUUCAGCAGUUGUUGGACGCAGAGAAGGAUGCGGAUUUAGGACGGAUGUACCUGCUGGUGGCGAGGAUUCAGGACGGUUUGGCCGAGUUACGCACGCUGUUAGAACAACAUAUUGCUAAUCAAGGAUUGGCGGCGAUUGAAAAGUGCGGAGAGUCGGCGUACAAUGAUCCCAAGGUUUACGUAAGCACAAUUUUGGAGGUGCACAAGAAAUACAAUGCGCUGGUGUUGGUUGCGUUUCAUAAUGAUAGCGGUUUCGUGGCGGCGUUGGACAAAGCAUGCGGGAGGUUUAUUAAUGCGAAUGCGGUGACCAGAAUGGCGAAUAGCAGCAGUCGCUCGCCGGAAUUACUCGCCAAGUAUUGUGAUCUCUUAUUGAAGAAGUCAAGUAAGAAUCCGGAGGAAGCCGAAUUGGAAGACACGCUUAAUCAAGUCAUGGUGGUAUUCAAAUACAUCGAAGACAAAGACGUCUUCCAAAAGUUCUACUCCAAAAUGCUAGCGAAACGCCUCGUGCAGCAUAUGAGCGCCAGUGAUGACGCCGAGGCGUCCAUGAUCUCCAAACUCAAGCAGGCGUGCGGUUUUGAAUAUACGUCAAAACUGCAACGCAUGUUCCAGGAUAUUGGUGUGUCGAAAGACCUCAACGAGCAGUUCCGUAACCAUUUGAAGAACUCAAAUGAACCACUGGAUAUUGACUUUAGCAUUCAAGUGCUCUCGUCAGGGUCGUGGCCUUUCCAGCAAAGUUUCUCAUUUGGACUGCCCACAGAGCUGGAGCGCAGUGUGCAUCGCUUCACCAGUUUCUAUUCGGGGCAACAUUCUGGACGCAAGCUCAAUUGGCUGUACAACAUGUCUAAGGGGGAGUUGCAUACUAAUUGCUUUAAAAAUAGGUAUACAUUGCAAGCGAGCACAUUCCAAAUGGCUGUCCUGCUGCAAUUCAACGUCGCCGAGUCGUGGACGCUCUCGCAACUGACUGACAACACGCAGAUCAAGCACGACUAUAUGACGCAGGUGAUUAGUAUUCUACUGAAGGCGAAAUUGAUCACUUGUGAUGACGACGAGGCGGAUUUAAAACCUGAAUCGGUGGUGAAUUUAUAUUUGGGUUAUAAAAAUCGAAAAUUAAGAGUGAAUAUAAAUAUCCCUAUGAAGACAGAAAUGAAAUUGGAGCAGGAAACAACACAGAAGCACAUCGAAGAGGACCGCAAACUGCUCAUUCAGGCCGCAAUUGUGCGAAUAAUGAAAAUGCGCAAAGUCUACAAGCAUCAACAGCUGGUAGCGGAGGUGCUCAAUCAACUCAGCACAAGAUUCAAACCAAAAGUUCACAUUAUUAAGAAAUGUAUAGACAUACUAAUUGAAAAAGAAUACUUAGAGCGGACCGAAGGCGAAAAGGACACGUACAGCUAUCUGGCAUGAUUCCCUUCAGCGUUCACGUAACGCAUGUCAGCGCAACGCAGCAAAACACGAAAAAACAGCAAACCACAACAAAAAUUAACCUUACAUCGCUCGUCGCGCCUCGCAGUGCUGGCGAGCAGCGGCCGCAGCAGCAGCAGCAGCUUUACAUGUGACUACGUUUACAUUGUAUCCUAUUAUUAAAUUUAUUACUUCGAUCACGCCGCCGCACACCGACAGAUUUGUGUGACUGUGUGCGCCAAUGCAAACGGAUACAAUGUGUAUACUAUUCUGUAAAUAUUGUCUUUUAUUAGUUUAAUUUCUUUCUGGCUCUUUGUGUCACACACACACACUUAUAUUAUGUUAAUGUUCACUCUCUUCAUCUCUCUGUUAUCAUUGGCGCAGGAAACAUGGAAAUUGCCGAUACUUAUGUGAUACCUCAAAAUCUCAGCACUUAAGAAUGAGCGGCAGCUACCGGCGACACGAAACAAUGUAGGGCGUGUGAAUGAUAUCCAUUAAAAUGGCCGACACAUGAGCUGUGUGUGGGCUGGUUAGAAUAUUGAAUUUUAAUUUUUAAAUUGAUUAUUGAUUAUCGAAUGUUGACCGGGGGCGCCAUUUGGAAAGAGAACCUGCAAUUAUUUUGUUAGACUUAAUUUCAUUAAUUUAUCAGCGUUUUCAAGAUGAUUUAGUCGAUGUUUUAAACGAAGAGACGAAAUUCGCUACACACUAUUAAACGUACGUUAUUUGUUGUAUAGAUAUUUACCUAGGUUUUUGCCCAUUAAUGUGUAACCAAGUAAUUUUUAUGUUUAAACCGAAAACAUGCAAUGAAUUCGACGGUGUUGAGGAAAAUGCUGGAACAUUUUGAUAGGUCACAUCUUAUUUUACACACUCACAUUACUAUCGUACGUGCUAUCAAGUUAUUGUGUAAAUUAGCGUAUUAUUGACAUUACGAUUCCCUCCUUAAUCGCAUGCAAGAAUGGAUCAACGCGGACUACUGAUUAACCCGAUGACCGCAUCGAAUUUUUUGAUCAUAUAUUUAAUUGAUUGUUCGUUCGUAAUAUUUGCGCAUGUCGAUAGUUAUACAAUAUGAAAAUUACUCGCGAAGCUGUACUGUAAAACAAGCCGGAUGUGGUGCAUAUAAACAACGCAGACGUGGCGGACUUAUGUUUGGAGGCAAGAUGGCGUCGCAAACAACCAAAUUAUAAACUAAACAGUGUAUAUUCGAGUUUUAAAUUAAAAUAAAGUCUGAAUAAGGAGAUAUUUUCAAAAAACAA